GCUAGCAAUUGGGAAAGGAACCUUGUUUGGAUUAUCAUAGAAACCCGCUUCACUGUGCAUACCUAUUAUUUCCUCAGUUAUUUGCAGAUUAAGACCCUGGACCUCACAAACUCUAUUUAAAGACUGUCUUCUGCAUAGGCAUAGUUUUUAAUUUAUCAGCUGAAUUAUCAUCAAAAUUAUAAUAUACCAAACAUGCUGGAAGGACAAUUUUCUUCAACAGUUGUCUGAACCUUUUCUUGAUUGGGCCUGGAGGCUCUCAAGACAUGGCCAGACACUUCAUCUUCUAUUUCAUCCUGCUGACUGCGCUGAUUGACAGAGCACAAUGCUGCUUCUGUGAUCACUACCCAUGGACUCAGUGGUCCAUUUGCUCAAAAACCUGCAAUUCUGGAACCCAGAGAAGGCAGAGACAAAUAGUAGUAAAUAAUUACUAUUGGGAUAACUCAUGUGACCAGCUUUGUACCAAAGAGGAGACCAGGCUAUGUAACUUGCAAACAUGUCCUAUCAACUGCCUCUUGGGAGAUUAUGGGCCGUGGUCAGACUGUGACCCAUGUAUUCAAAAACAAACUAAAGUUAGAUCUGUCUUGCGUCCUAGUCAAUUUGAGGGACAACCAUGUACAGAGCCCCUGGUGACCUUCCAACCAUGCAUUCCAUCUAAGCUCUGCCAAAUUGAAGAGACUGACUGCAAGAAUAAAUUCCGCUGUGACAGUGGGCGAUGUAUUGCCAGCAAGUUAGAAUGCAAUGGAGAAAAUGACUGUGGAGAUAAUUCAGAUGAAAGGGACUGUGGAAUAACAAAGGCGGUAUGCCCACGGAAGUAUAAUCCCAUCCCCAGUGUAGAGUUGAUGGGCGCUGGGUUUCAUUUUCUGGCAGGAGAGCCCAGAGGAGAAGUCCUCGAUAACUCUUUCACUGGAGGAAUAUGUAAGACUGUCAAAAGCAGUAGAGCAAGUAAUCCAUACCGUGUUCCGGCCAAUCUGGAAAGUGUCAACUUUAAGGUACAAACUGAAGAAGAUGACCUGAAGACAGAUUUCUACAGGGAUUUAAUUGAUUUUGAAAAAAAUGAAAAACAACAAGCCUUAUCAUCAGGGGCAAAGGAGAAUUCUUUUUAUGUACCAAUUUUUUAUUCCUCACAAAAAAGUACAAAUGUCCAACAUAACUCAGGCUUCAAACAAGCCAUUCAGGCCUCCAAAGCAAAGGAUUCUAGUUUUGUUAGGAUCCAUAAAGUGAUAAAGGUCUUAAACUUCACAAUGAAAGCAGAGGAUCUGCAGCUUUCUGACGUCUUUUUGAAAGCCCUUAACCAUCUGCCUUUAGAAUACAACUCUGCUCUAUACAGCCAGAUAUUUGAGAACUUUGGGACACACUACUUCUCCUCCGGCUCCCUGGGAGGUGUGUAUGACCUCCUCUACCAGUUUAGCGGUGAAGAGCUGAAGAACUCAGGGUUAACAGAGGAAGAAAUCCGAAACUGUAUCCAUAUUGAAAAGAAGAAGCGUAUUCUUUUUGUUAAGAAAACAAAAGUAGAGAAGAAAUGUACUACUAACAAGCUGUCAGAAAAAUAUGAAGGUUCACUUUUGCAGGGAGCAGAAAAGUCCAUAUCUUUGGUCCAAGGUGGAAGGAGCAAAUAUUCAGCAGCUUUGGCCUGGGAGAAAGGGACCUCAGGUCCAGAGGAGAAAGUAUUUUCUGAGUGGUUGGAAUCAGUGAAGGAAAAUCCUGCUGUGAUUGACUUUGAGCUUGCUCCCAUCAUGGACUUAGUAAGAAACAUUCCCUGUGCAGUGACUAAACGGAACAACCUCAGGAAAGCUUUUCAAGAAUACACAGCCAAGUUUGACCCUUGCCAGUGUGCUCCAUGCCCUAAUAAUGGCCGUCCCGUGCUCUCAGGGACCGAAUGUCUGUGUGUGUGUCGGAGUGGCACCUAUGGCAAGAACUGUGAGAUACGGUCUCCAGAUUAUAAAUCUAGUGCAGUGGAUGGAAAUUGGGGCUGCUGGUCUUCCUGGAGCAUGUGCAAUCCCACUUAUAAGAGAUCAAGAACCCGAGAGUGCAAUAACCCUGCUCCUCAACAGGGAGGAAGGGGCUGUGAGGGAGAGGGGCGUCAAGAGGAGGACUGCACAUUUUCAAUAAUGGAAAAUAUUGGGCAGCCAUGUAUCAGCGAUGAUGAAGAAAUUAAAGAGGUAGAUCUUCCUGAGCUAGAAGUAGACUCUGGAUGUCUUCAGCCAGUUCUUCCAGAAAAUGGAUUUAUCUGGAAUGAAAAGAAACUGUACUCAGUUGGGGAAGAAAUUGAGAUUUCAUGCCUUACUGGAUUCAGAGCUGUUGGAUACCAGUACUUCAGAUGCCUACCAGACGGGACCUGGAGUCAAGGAGAUAUAGAAUGCCAACGGGUAGAGUGUCUCAAGCCAGCUGUCCAAGAAGGCCUGACCCUUACACCAUUCCAGAGAACAUAUAAAAUUGGGGAAUCCAUUGAGCUAACCUGCCCCAAAGGUUUUGUGAUUGCUGGGCCAUCACGGUACACAUGCCAGGGGGAUUCCUGGACACCACCCAUUUCAAACUCACUCGCCUGUGAAGAAGAUAUUCUGACAAAAUUAAAAGGGCAUUGUCAGCCAGGUCAAAAACAGUCAGGAUCUGAAUGCAUUUGUAUGUCUCCCGAAGAAGACUGUGGUCAUUACUCAGAAGAUAUCUGUGUGUUUGAUAUGGAUUCCAGCCAUUACUUGACUUCAUCUGCUUGUAAGUUUUUGGCGGAGAAAUGUUUAAAUAAUCAGAAACUCCAUUUCCUGCAUAUUGGUACCUGCCAAGAGGGACCACAGUUAAAAUGGAGACUUGAAAGGAUAAAACUUGCAUCCAAUAGCACAAAGAAGGAACCCUGUGGCUAUGACACGUGCUAUGACUGGGAAAAAUGUUCAGCUUCCACUUCCAGUUGUGUCUGCCUCUUGCCCCCCAAGUGCUUCAAGGGUGGAAACCAAGUCUACUGUAUCAAAAUUGGAUCCUCAACACGCGAGAAAACAGCGAACAUCUGUGAAGUGGGAGCCGUGAGGUGUGCAGACAGGAAGGUGGAAAUACUGCACCCUGGGAGGUGCUUGGCCUAGCACCAUUACUUUCAGAUUUGUACAUAAACAUAAUCCCUAAAAAAGACAUGUUCACAUGGCCAGAAGUUACUGAAAAAUUCUUUUGUGUUAGUUUUAUAUCAUAAAUCGCCUCUAAUUCUCCUAUUUUAGCCUCCUCUAUUAUGUUCCAAUGCAUGUCACCCUAGAGUGUACCCCUGAGUUAUAUUUCCACAUCCAUUUAAUGAAUUCUUUUGUUCAGGUUACUUAAAAAUAAUUGAUUUUCUGAGGAUCCUAUGAAACGAAGCAUCCUCACAAUUAAAAUAAGAACAAAAAUCA